AUGCCACACCUCCACGCUCCACUAGCGAUCGACCCGGACAAUCCCUACAAUCUUCGACCAGGCGAUCUCGAGCCAGUCUACAGUCCCCUCCCGCCAAUUCGCCACGACGACGUCGUGAUCGAAGACGACGGAAAUGACUCCUCCUCAGAAACCUCCUCAGAUCUCCUCCCCGACCUCGGCUGCAUGCAUUACAAACGUAAUGUCAAAGUCCAAUGCUUCGACUGCCAACAGUGGUAUCCGUGCCGACACUGCCAUGAUCAAGCUCACGACCUCCCCUUCCCUCAUGCCCUCAACCGGAAGAAGACGAAGAACAUGCUCUGUAUGAUCUGUCAGACUCCUCAACCCGCGGCGGAGAUAUGCAUAAACUGCAAUGAGUACGCGGCGUGGUAUUUCUGUUCUAUCUGCAAACUCUGGGAUAAUGACCCCACACAUCGCAUUUACCACUGUCCUUCAUGCGGUAUCUGCCGUGUCGGCGAGGGGUUGGGAAAAGAUUACAUCCACUGUCCGCGGUGUAAUGUCUGUUUGACGAUCAACACUUUUGAAGGGCAUAAGUGUAUCGAGCGAGCGACCGAAGGAGAUUGUCCGCUGUGUCUUGUGGUGCUCUUCGACUCGAGGACGCCGGUCGUGGCGAUGCCGUGUGGGCACUAUAUGCACGGGGAUUGUUUUCGGGAUCUGAUGAGCGUGACGUAUAAGUGUCCGGUGUGUGGGAAGUCAGCGGUGAACAUGGAAAUAGAGUGGAGGCCGACAUCUCAAACCACCAACUCCGUCCAACCUCCUCCCGCAGCUCGCCGCCCUCGCGAAGUCUACAUCAAUUGUAACGACUGCCAUUCCCGCACCUGGACUCCCUUCCACUGGCUGGGUUUGAAAUGUCAACGCUGCGACUCCUAUAAC